UGGAUAUCGAGCUGUUUGAACCUUGAUACCUUAACGCGUACCUUAGUAAAAGAGUCUUGACAGACGGACGAACAACAAAGUAAUCCUAUAAGGUUUCGGUUUUUUCCUUAAAGAAAUCUACAAUGAUACCUUUACUAAUAUUAACAUUAAUAUCAUCUGUGUAUGCCGAUAACUGUUCAUAUAUUUUUGAUGAUAUUCAUUACACGAGAACAUCUAUACUGACGAUAAAAGGAUUACCAACUAAUUUAGCUUACAACCCUAACAAUAACGAUAUAUAUUUUACAUUAAUCGAUUUAGAAUCAUUACAUGACGAUAAUGUUCAAACUAAAAUGGAUCAAUACGUAUUAAGAAAUGGUGAACCUAUACUUAUUGAUAAUGUAAGAGGACAAGCAGCAGCAAUUGAUGUUAAAAAUAACAAAGUAUAUAUCGCAAGUGAUGAUGGAAUUGGAAUUUUAAAUGCAAGCAAUAAAGUACAAUUUUCAAAUCUAAAAGAUGAAGACGUUGUUUACUUGUACAAAGCUGUUAAUAAAGAUGAAUUAUAUGUAGUUACAUAUCCUAAUAACGAAGUAUUCGUUGUUGAUGUUAAUAAUAACGAGAAGAGAAGAGUUGAAUAUAUACCUUGUGCGUUUAUUCUAUCAGUGGACGCUGAUGAUAAUAUAUUUUACGAAUGUGAUUCUAAAUAUGUCAAAGUGUUGCUUAAAGAUUUUCAAGAGCCUAUUGAAUUUGUUGGUAUAGCUAAGAAUUCGGCAAGAGCGUUAGCUAUAGAUGAAAGUAAUAGAGUUAUUUUAGCAGCUAACGAUGGUUUAUAUUGGUUGAAACCGGAUACUGUUGUACCGAAAAAGCUAAUGAAAUUAGAAUUCGUACCAUCUGGUAUCGUACUUAACGAUGGUGUUAUAUAUUUAGCUACAAAUGGUGUUAUAUAUAAAUAUACAAACGAUAAUUGUGUUCCAAAUAUUAUGGGUUAGGAUAAAUGAACAUUUGUAAUGCUACCCUUGUUCUCUUCAUAGUGAAUAAAAGAGAUGAUAUCAAUGCAGUGGUAAUUUACAGUUAGGUUAAAAUAUUUA